GAGAACUGUUCAGAUCUGAGCGACAUUUUCAGAUUGAGGUAAGAGAAUAUUUGAAACUUAUUAAAAAGAAAUGAUAACUUUAUGAUAGUGUGUCAUGAAUGUGUAUAGUAAGGCUUUACAAAGGAAGAUUUCUACCAAUGUGAUAGCUUCAUUGACUGAUUUCUUGUGGUGGUUUAAAAAACGCAUCUUUCAAUAAGUCUUUAUGAUGAAGAACAUAAAUACAGUCGAUUACAGAGAAAUUUUUAUUUUGUUUCUGCCAAGAAAUGUAGUUUUGAAGAAGUAUUUUAUUCUUGAUUGACUCAAAGUUUAUUGUAUUCCCUCUGUAGUGUUCAUGAUAAUAUACUGUAUCCAAUACUGACACCAUAAAACCUGAACAGAUAAAACAUAGAAAAUGGUAUGGUUUGACACCACUGGGGAUAAUUUUGAAAAACUGUAUUUUGAGUGAAUUGGUCCUUUAUGCACAGAAGAAGCUUGGCAUUAAAAACACAGUUUGUGCUUUUAAACUUAUUGGUUUUGACAAACAAUGACCAUAAUUUGUGAUUUAUGUAUUUGUAGGCCAAUUUUGCAGUAGGGUUACAUGUAAAAUGAUGCAUAUCAUAGUGGAUAUUGGCCAGUAGUAAAACUGGUAGUACUGGUGUCAUUCAGUGAUCGGGUUAUUAGAAUCACAAGACCUGCUGGCUAUCCUUGCUGACCCUGAGUCCAUCCUCAGAUAGAAAACAGAUACCCAUCAUUGUGUGGAUGACUUGAAUUGAUAAGACAAAUUAUAAAAAUCUAAUUUCCCGACAGCAAGGGGUGUGUUUCCGUGACAACCAGAAACCAAAAAUGCCAAGCUUCAAUUCAGAGCAGAGGAAAGGGCCGUAACUAGAUUCACGUGUGAGCAGAUGAGUUUAGUUAUCAGACGUUAGCAGGGUCUGUGUAGACACUGAGUCCCAGGUGGUAUUGUCUAACUGGGAAGCAAAAUGUGGAUGCAUUCCAUUGCUUCCUCUAUAAUAGCCUUCACAAAGAGACCAUUGUUGCUCUCUGUACCUUUGCCAUAAAUCAGUUGAUUGGGUCCCCUAAUGCAGUCAAGGUUGGACAUCAUGUGAAAGACACGUUUGACAUAAGGUAAUGAUAAGGGGCACGUGUUGAGCAUGUGUAACAGUAUCAGGGGCACCACCAAGGAUUUUGAGCCCUUUAAAAAUAAUUCAAUUAGCUUUACCACCACAGCUGCUCUUAUAUAUUAAAGCUGUGUCAGUCAUUGGCUCUCUGAAUCUUCCAAACUUACCCCCUUUAAAUGUAUUACAUUGUACCAAGUAUUAACAUUUUUGUUUACAUGCUUUUGUGUUUAUAGAAAGUGUAUUGUUCCCUCUACAUAGCUUGAGGUAUAGCUCUUGGAUAAAGCAAGACCACCUCAAUAGAUCCUUGAAGCUGCAAUUGUAAGCUUGCUUUCUUAGUGUAGGAUGUUCAUGCUAACACCAAGCACAGCUAAGACUUCUGAACUCUCUUUGGUUUUACCAGUAUGCUAGCAGUAUAGAUACUAGCAGUGCAGAGUAAAAGAGGUAUACAUUUCUAUAUUUUCACUGAUUUUCUCAAAUUGACGAGGGAAACACAAGGGUUGGACUUUACUUUUUAUGCUCACCAUACAGAGACAAUUAACUUACACAAUCACAUUUGUAAUUACAUUUAUCUACAACAUCAGCCAAGUGACCAAAACUUCUCUGGAGAAGACAUUGCCUUAUAAAACCAUCUUUGGCAUACAUUUAUUUUUGACUUUUCUGUCUUGCAUUUAGGUUGUUUUUUGUAAAGCUAUGCUUUCAAUUUGAAGUAUACUACUUCUGGUAGAUCAUAAGCUACAGGACUGAAUAAAAACAGUUAAAGGACUGGUUAGAAUGUAUGUGUUUAAUUGAUUAUCAACCUUUUUGGGUCACAAUAAAUCAUCUGCUUUUAAAAGUAUCCAAUUAUCUCUCAGGGGGGGUGCUUCAGCUAGCCCGAUAGCAACUGCUGCUACUUCAUCUCUCUGAAUCCCUUCAUCUCUUUAAACUGCAUCAGCUUGCUGCCUCUUACUGCUUCUUCUGCAAACUUUUUUGCCACCUCCUUCACCCAAACCCCUCCUUUUUAUGCUGUUUCUAAUUGUACUAGUGUCAUGCUUGCUCUGCUCUUUUCUUGUGUGUUGUGGUGGUGGUGUGUGUGUGUGUGUGUGUGUGUGUGUGUGUGUGUGUGUGUGGGGGGGGGGGGGGGGGGGUCUAAGCUGCUGCUCAUGAAACAUAGGUGGUGUGUGCUCUGCCUGCCACAGUCUCUUGCAUUUCAUGAGCGCAUGUGAAAAGACAGAGAGCUUUCAGAACAGAGCCAUGUCAUCAAAUAUAACUCAGUACCUAGUAUGACCUCUUAUUCCUCCCUUCACUUUCCCUUUCUCUAUCAGGCCUCCUCUUUUGCAGCAGGAUGGCCCUUCUCGACUACCCUGUUCCAGACUUGGAUGUUACCUUGCAAGAAGUAAGCCGUGUCUUGCAGCUCACUCUGAGUCCAGACCUCUAUCCUGAGUUUAAAAAUGCACUGGAAGGCCAGAGGGAACUCCUUCAGGGGGGGCAGCAAAAAUUUGCAACCAUUGCUGCAAGCAAGGAGAACUGGGUGACAGAGCAAUUCAAGAAAGCUCUUCUGGCUUGUGCUGACCCUUUGCCCACUUCGACAGCUCUACCUGUGGUUCUUCUUCCUUCCCAAUUGAAGAAAUGCACACAGCUAGGAAGGGCAGCUGCAUUGCUCUGGGCAGCAGCAAAGCUGUACUGUGAACCCUUGUUAUUGGAGGGUAAUGUGCCAAUGGAGCGCACACAGCAGUCUGAGAUGUUUGCUGCCAGCCGGCUUCCUGGCAGGAUUCAAGAUGAGAUCAAGGUGAGAUUUUAGACAAAACAAAGGGGGCUUAGGGCUUAGAGGUCUGGGUAUAGACAAAGCAUAUCAGUCAAUGUUCUUAAAGCAAUUUCUCACUCAUGCCUUUGCUAUUGAAUUUUUAGGUCUACCCAGAUAGUGUCCAUGCCAUUGUCAUCUGUACAGGAGGAAUGUUCCCCAUUGACAUACUUCGGUGUCCCAGCACUGGUGGACCACUUUCUGCCAGACCUUUUAUUGACAUCUACAACCAGCUGGCUCAUGUGAUGGAUCAGCCCAGUACAGGAAAACAGAAUGAUCCCUCCGCCAUUUGCAGCCUCACAACUCUUGAACGCAAAGCCUGGGCAGCCACCAGGGAGGGGAUCCUUGGGCGGGGAGGGAAUGAAGAAGCAUCAUUGCUUAAAAUUGAGAGUGCUGUGCUCACACUCUGUCUGGAGGACUGCAACGCACCCUCUGAGUUGGCUGAUGUCCUCAAUGCAGUCCGGCUUGGAGGAGGUGGAGAUUGUCCAUAUCUGAGAUACUAUGACAAGGUACUUGAAAAAUCUAUAUAGCAAUCAUAAAUUAUGCUGAAAUCAGAUUACUUACCUUUGUCAGGCAUCGACUUGAACAAAGACAAACCCAACUUUGUUUUCUGUUUUGACAGGUGGUGAACCUGGUGGUAUUUAAGGACAGCACAGCUGGGAUAGUGUUUGAGCACAGUGCUGUGGAUGGGAUGGUGGCUGGGCUUGUGACUGAGCAUAUUUACAAGUUGUCAGAAACUGUUGACCUUAGCCUAGUGUAUAAUGACACAGAAAAUGUGAAUGGUUCUGUCAGAGUAAACAAUGGUAUUUCUUCUUGUCCAGCAUCCCUCACAUUUCCUUUGCGAGUAAAAAACACACCCAAUCCAGGCCCUAAUUUACAAGCUACACACCCAGUUCUAACUUUUGAUAUGUCCUCCUAUCCUGAUGUCUUCUCUACUCUCAGAGGGCAAAGAGGCCUGUAUGAUGCUUGGAUCAACUUCUCUUUGCAGCUCUCUCUACGGCAGACUCUUGGAGAAUCUGCUUCCAGUCACAUACUUGUCACACCAACUCAUAUGCGCCACUACAAACAUGGCCGAUGUGAUCCUACAUACUCACUCACCAUGCAUUCCCGCAAGUUAGUGGGUGCCCUGGUGUCUUCCAUUGACCCAAACAACAAAAUUCAAUACACUACUGACCUCCUGCACUUGUUCCAUCUUGCUUUUUUGGAACACAAGAGUCUCAUUAAAAAUACUAAAAGUGGUCAAGGAGUUGGUCCCCAUCUAGCCGCACUACGUCGUUUUUUGCCAUCUGGAAAUCCUCUCAAAAAGUUCCUAGACCCUUUUGGAUGUCCAUCUGUGUACCUCACAGGAACUGAUAUGGUGGAGGGUGUGGAGUGUGGAGUAGGGAAUGUUUACGCCAAAGACCAGCUUGCUGUAACCUACCUUGGAAAGAGAGACAAGGUUCGAAUAGUGCUCAAUGGGAAAGGGAGCUUUGCUUUGUCACUGGAGAAACUUAUGGAAAGCUUGAGGAAAAACCUUAAGCUAGUGAUGCUAUUAGCUGUUCGAUAUGCCAUUGCAAACCAAAUGGGAGCCCUGGAGUGUGUGCUCCUUAAAGGACAAAAAGAGAAAAUGAAUGGUGAGAGAGAUCACUGCCCAGGAAGGCUUGACAGAGACAAAUCCAUUGUUGACUCCACCUCUGGCAUGAGUGCAGACUACACUCUGGUCAUCCACGGUGGUGCUGGAGAAGAAAUGAUGCUGAACACUGAAGUGAUUGGGGUAAUUGAGUUUGCUCUACAAACAGCAUUGAGCCUCGGAUCCCAAGUGCUUCAGCAAGGUGGCAAAAGCCUGGAUGGUGUACAGAAGUCAGUAGAAGCUCUUGAGGACUGCUUCCUGUUUAAUGCAGGUAAAGGGUCAGUAUUCAAUAAAGAUGGAAAGAAUGAAAUGGAAGCAACCAUUGCAGAUGGCAACACAAGGAGCUCAGGUUCUGUUGCUUGUGUGAAAAGUGUGAAGAACCCAGUAAGAGCAGCCAGGUGUAUCAUGGAGAAAAGCCCACAUUCCCUCAUUGUAGGGGAUGGAGCUGAAGACUUUCUUUGCAGUUUGGAGAGUAAGGAUAAGCCCGUUGCACCUGAGUAUUUCCAAACUGACAUACGUCAAAAAGAGUUAGCUGUCAAGCUCAGUAGUGGAAACAACUCAAAAAACAACCACCCUCAGACAGUUGGAGCAGUGGCCUUGGAUCGUUGGCAGGGGUUGGCUGCUGCAUCUUCUACAGGUGGACUGGUUGGAAAACUGAAAGGGCGAGUUGGGGAUACAGCAGUGGUGGGAGCAGGAAUAUAUGCUGAUGACAAGGUGGCUAUAACCUGCUCUGGUGAUGGAGAUGUAUUUCUUAGACACACAGUUGCACAGAAAAUAGCCAGUCUGUACAGUCACAAAGGCUAUACCAUCAGGCAAGCAUGCAAGGAAGUAAUGAGUGAAGACCUGGAUGGGAUUUGUGGAGGAAUCAUUGCUGUCGACAAGAAAGGUGAUGCCACUAUUGAAACAAAUUCAGGUGUGAUGUUUGUGGCUUCGAUAGUCAAUGGCAUUUCAAGGGUAGAGGUUCUGAGGCCAAUGACGAGCUUUUCAGAUGUGAUCUGGGAAACUGAUGAGCUGGUUGCCUUCCUUAAUCCUAACCCCUGGAUCCCAGGGUCAACAAUUCUGACAAGAAAAGCACUUAGUGGGGUAAAGAGCAUUUUCCAGAUGGCCACACCUGACUUUGUGGCAAUGCUACAAGGGGCAAGAGUUGUAUCAGGCUUGUUAUGUGAACGGUUGGGAGUGCAGCGAUGUGCCUUGGUUUUCUGUCCAACACCUGACAAACCAGCACAGAUCAGAUUACUCCCUCUUCACGGUCUGGAGCCAAAGUGGCAUCCCCAUCUUGCUAAUAAAGAGGAAUUCCACACUUAUGAUCCCGGCUACUGCACCUCAAAAAGUGGCCCAUGCUGGGAUAAUGAAGCACUUACCCAGGUCCAAGCUAAGAUUAGGAAUGGUUUGCCAACACCAAAUGCACCAUCCUGCUAUGACUUUUUUGGGGAUGCUUCCAAUGACAACAUAUUCAGUCGCAUUGUGCGUGGAGAGCAGCAACAGUGGAGAGUGUGGGAGGACAAUGAGCAUGUUGCCUUUCUGACACCAUACCCAAACGCACCUGGACUAACUGUAGUGGUGCCACGAAAGCCACUGUCCAGUGACAUCUUUAAACUGGAGGAAGCUGACUACAUGGCUCUGAUUUUAGCCACUUACAAAGUCGCUCAUCUGGUGGAGAAUGGGAUGAAAGCCCAAGGAGUUGCACUUAUCUUUGAGGGCUUUGAGAUCAACUAUGCUCAUGCCAAGCUGAUUCCUUUGGUGCCUUCACCAGAAGGUACCAAGCCUGUGGAGCUGCAACCAGAGUGCUUCCAAAACUAUCCUGGGUAUGUGUCAUCUUUGGAUGGCCCUUCAGCUGAUCCUGAAACCCUCAAGAAGAUACACACAAAAAUUACCCAGUGCAGGCCCCCUUGUUCUUGGAAAGAGCCCCAGUCUCACUCCACACUUGCCAUCAAGAGCCAGUGGUACCGCAACCUGUUCCAAAUACAGAACACCCUAUUCCACAGCACAGUGGAAUACUUUCACACUAAGUGCCAGUACUCCUAUGCUCUUACACCUCUGACCACAGACACCAUCUCCUCACCAAUGGGCCUUGGUUCUGAUUCUGAACCAGUUUCUGUUAACCUGCUGGGCCAGGAAAUCUACCUUGCUGACUCCAUGCAAUUUGUACUUGAAUACUUCCUUCGCUUUCAAGAGAACCUGCCAGGGACGUACUAUAUAUCCCCCAGCUUUAGAGGGGAGGAUCCUGAUUCCACGCACUUAAACCAGUUCUACCACGUGGAGUGUGAACUGCUGGGGGACAUGGACAAUGCUAUUUCCAUUGCAGAGGGAUUUCUAGCUCAUCUGACACAGUCUAUGUUGAAGAAACACUCUGAUAUGAUCUUGAACACUGCCGGGACCCUGACACAUGUCGAAAAAAUGCUGAAAAAGCUGAAUGGACAAACUCCACUGCCUAGAGUUUCUCUUGACCAAGCCAUUCCCAUGAUGCCCUCUGCAGACUGCUUGGAGUGGGUACAAGAUGGCCAACCCCAGUUUGGCAGAAAGCUAACACGCAAAGGAGAAAGGGUCUUGAUUGAGAAGUAUGGUGGUGCUGUUUGGCUCACUGAAAUGGACCAUCUGGGGGUUCCCUUCUACCAGGCAUAUGUAGAGGGCACUGGACGAUGCAAAGCAAAAGCUGCUGAUCUUCUUUUGGGACUUGGUGAGACUGUAGGUCUUGGUGAGCGUCAUUCUACCCCUGAGAUGGUACAGGAGGCCCUCAGGCACCAUGGUGUGCUUGAGCAGUCCUACAAAUGGUAUCUUGACAUGCGGCAAGUGAAACCUCUCCUCACCAGUGGAUGGGGCAUGGGAACUGAGCGCUACUUGUGUUGGCUGCUUCAGCAUGACGAUAUCAGAGAUAUACAAAUUAUUCCUCGGAUGAAAGGAAUGAAGUACAUGCCUUGA